CAAAACCAUCGAAAAGCCCUUCCCUUUUUGGUUUGGCCAUCUUCUCUUCUUCUCUCUCUCCACCGUUUUUUGUCUCAAGACUACAACUUUCUCCUCUCUCUCUCUCUCUCUCUCUCUACAUUUUUCAUUCUUCCCAGCGCUCCAAUGUCGACCACUUCCCUCACACCCUUCCGUCCCGGCCCGAUCCACGCAUCCUCUUCAUCCUCCUCAAGAAAAUCAGACCCGAACCGCCGCAAACAGUCAUCUGCCAACUGGUGGGCCCCUCUCUUCGGGUGGUCCUCCGAUCCGGACUACAUCAACUCGUCGUCUCAGAACCCGAAUGCUGGCCCGGAUCCGGAGCCCGAGCCCGCGUCGGAGGCGGAGCGGCCCAGAUCCAGGUUCUCCCUUGGCUGUUUCACCGAAGAGAAGGCCAAGCAGCUCCGGAGGAAGACUCUGGAGGGCUCGACUUUCCACGACGCCAUGUACCACUCGGCGAUCGCGUCUCGUCUCGCCACCGACUUGUCGGACCGCGCUAACAACGAGAAGUGACCGAUCGGAGCUCGGGUGACUUCCUCGCCGCCGGUUCUUUUUCUCCGUUGAGGUUUGGAAGCUAUUAUGUCUGAAUGCUUUUGUUGGUCGUUACUUGGCAUUGUCAAUUUGUCGAAAUCAAACUUUUAAGGCAAAAAAAUGUGUUCUUGUUUGGUGAAGUCAAGAAUCAAGAACUUUUUUUUAUCUUGUGGAUGGCCAUGGAUUAUUUGUCUGGUCUGACUCUUGUUUUCUUUGUCAAGUAAUGAUAGUCUAUAAUGGUAGAUACUAGAUACUUUUUCUUUGAUU